AUGAAUGCUUAUUGUUUUACUUAUUUAUUUACUAUAAAUUAUCUAGUUGUUUCAGUUAUUGAACAAAUGACUGAUGCUAGACAAUCUUACUCAAUAGCCAUAAAAAAUAUAUGUCAAUCAUUUAAAGAAAGUGUAGAAAAAGUUGAAAGUAUAAAGAAAGACAGUGACACUAAUAAUAACAAUGAAAUUCUUUAUAAUUUUUGGCAUGUAUUUAUUGAGAAGUUUCAAAAUGAAGCUGAGCUUCAUGAAAAUGUAAUUCAGGAGACUAAAGCAAAAGUUGUGACUCCAUUACAGUGUAUUGUGAAGCAUAGAAGACAACAGAUUUCUCGUUUGAAAGCUUUUCGUACAUCAACAGAUUACACACUUAAGGAAUGUGCUGAAAAGGUUAAUGAGUUACAAAGUAAUUACGCAGAGAUGUAUAGAAUCCACCGUGAGAUACUACAAACUAAAGCUAUAAAAGACUUGCUCAAUGCUCAUAAUUCUUAUGUUCUUCAACUACAUAUGACAAAUGCCAUGAAAGCUUAUUAUCACAAAUUUGUAUUACCACAACUAAUGCAGGUUAGUUAA